GACAACAAUGAGGAAGGGCGUACUACUGGCAAUUUUAUUGCUGAGUUGCCAAGGAAUAUACGCAAAUGACAUCCAUACCUGGCACCACUUGGUUAAAAGAAGAACUGGGGAUAAACCGCCUGUCGGAAAAUGCAUGAAUUGUAGAUGGGGAGGCAAGACAGGCCUUCAUUUUUACACAUGUUGCAAUAACUGUGACGAACCUGAGAGCAAGUGCAAAAAGGAUCAAAUAGUGUAUGAUGGUGCAAGUAGAGGAAAGUAUUGCGGCCCAUGUGGAGAAGACACUGCAGCUGGCAAUGCAACGAUAUGUAAUAAAGAAGCCUCUAAAACAUACAAGUGUGGGGGCUGCGAUGGUCAAUUGAAGGUAAAGUCUAAAUGCGAUGAUAUAUGGUUGUUUCAAAUCCCUGGACUUUGUUGGGCAUGGCAAAUCUGUUUCAACAAACUGUGCAAAGAAGUGGAUGGUAAAAUAAAUGUCAAUGAACUUUAUGAUAUUCCGGAUACAUUUUGCGGGGAUAGCGUCUGUCAAAGUAGUGAAACAUAUGAAAGUUGCCCAAUUGAUUGUUGUUGGAAGAAAAAUCCGAAGUGCCUUUGGGAGCAUGAUGGUUGGGAAAACUGCUCAUCUGACGAGCCCUGUUCCAAAUGUCCGCAGAGAUGCUGCAACGAGCCAACUUGCUGCGAUAUUAGCGUUACUGGUGAUCCACAUGUGCUACAACCAGACAAAGACCUUGACAUACCUCUAUGUUACAACUUAUACCGACCACAAGGAGAAGUCAUGAUAUUGUUUAGUCAUAUCACCAAAGGGGAAUCAGAGAUCAAAGUCAACGUUAAGUUUGGUGAUGGUACAAAAUGGCUGAAAGAGGUUGUUGUAUUCAUCGGUGACGACAAUGUGUACGUUAAACACAAUUUUAUUGACAUCAACAAUGGGACAUAUAGCUGUGGAUGGGAUGACGGCUCCUAUCGCAUGUCUACUGGACAUAUCAAGGUGUAUGAAGGUGGAAUAAAGAUAAAGCCUUAUGCCGAUGAUAGUGGAGUUGAACACAUUGAUGUUAAAAGGGGCAAACAUGGCGUCAAUGUGAAUGUGGUCUACGACUUGCAUGAAAAGUAUGGCGGUUUCCUCGGUUUAAUAGAUUCAUUGGUCAUCGGAUCUGAUGGUGGAAACACGUUAGAGUUAGUAACCGGAGAUACAAUUCAUGCAAGACAUACGGUACAGAACAGCGGGAUUCAUUGCUUACAUCUGAAUGAACCAACCUCUCUUUUACCGAACGGAAGCCUCAAUUCGGUUGUCAUACCUUGUCUGUUUUGUGCAGCACCAGCAAAUUAAUCAAUGACU